UUUUAUAACGCGUACGUACGAAUAUUGUGACGGUCUUUUCAAUAAUCGAAUUGCCGAUUUUUGGAAGAAAAUCAUAGUUUGCUUCAAUGCUACAGCUAAUCUACAGAAGUUUUCUAGACAACCUAAACUAUCCUAAAUUCAUAUUAAUUUUCAAAUCGAUUAUAUUUCAACGUCUCCUCUUUUCUAAAGUCUUGAGUCCUGUAGACACUUCAAAAGUGACGACGCUUAUCAUCAUGUUUAAUGCUCCAAUUGAUUUUGACCAAAUUUCAAUGAACGUGAAGUCGGAAAAGAAAUUCAAAUAAUUAUUUAUCGUAAAUUAUCGUAAAUUAUCAGCACAUAUUUAAUUUACUUUCUCAUUUAUACAAAUACUCUUUUUUAUGACAUUUUUGCCAAGGGACGAUUGCGUUUUUUUGAUUGAAACAUACAAAAAAAAAAAAAAUUUAAAUAGGCAUUUUGAAUUUAAUGUCUUUUUUCAGUUCGUUGCGUACGUAUUGCGUUUUAUAUAUAGGCAAAAACAUACGAAUCUAGUCCUAAACCAUCCAGUAAGUCAAUCAUCA